AUGGCUCCAGCACUGAGGCUCCACAGGUGGGUGUUUCUGUCCUCCGCAUACUCUGUCUCUGUCCCGCCGCGCACUGCGUCACGACGACUCACCACAAGUUCCCCACACUUUCCAACGAGGGAAAGACUGCGCAGUGGUCUGCUACACAACAGACGUAAUCGCUACGUCUACUACCGUGUUCUUACGGCGGACUCCGCGCUGACCCUGUUCCAGCAUAGACUUUGUAGCAUGCUGGAACACUUCGUCUCAGAUGAACCUGGAACAGCCCCAAACAGAGCUGGCUCUUUGAAAAUGGAGGAGCUGUCUGUCAUGGCCCUGCUGCAGUGCCCUCUGUGCUUGGAGCCGCUCGAUGCCUCAGCGAAGGUCCUGCCCUGCCAACACACUUUCUGCAAGUCCUGUUUGGAAAGACAGGAGCCAAAGCACUCCCAGCUGUUCUGUCCAGAGUGUCAAACUCCUGCCCAGGCCAGGACAGUAGAGGAGCUGCCCACUAACCUAAUGCUUGUGCGACUUCUGGAGGGCUUGCAGCUCUCACAGGGGCCCACAAAGAACAUGCUGACGCCCCACUACAAUGUGCCCUCAUCGCUUUUUCAUCCCAGAGUGGAGGAUGCUGAAGGACCACAGCCAGAACUGUAUAGCUACAGAGAAAAGCCAGGCCAGAGUGAGGUUUCUGUUAGAUCUUCAAUGCAAAACCAACAUAGAGGUGUGGUGAAUGAUCCUGUCUUUACCUCCGGAAAUGGUGUUUCUGCAGCAAAUGAAGACCUGAACACUACAAACCCCAACGACAACAGAACGGUGUGCGGCAGUGCUCCUCUGUGCAAAGCACUUUGUGAUUUCAAGCCACAGGAGAUGAGCCUGCAGCCACAGGAGUGCUGCCUGGCCUUCCUCAAGGGUGACAUUCUUACUUUCAUCAGACGAGUAGAUGAACACUGGAUUGAAGCCAAACUUGGGGCCAAGGCUGGAAUUUGCCCUCUGCAGUUUCUGGAGCCAAAUUUGGUGACUACCAAACUGCUUGAAGGCAAAAGCCGAAAGGGAUCUGACUCAAAAGAAUCCCAUUAUUGGACUAGCACCGGAGGCAAAAGCAAGGCCACUGACGCAUCAAGUCGGACCACUCACCCUGGACCCCCUCAAAUCUCGGGACAGGCGUCAUUUGUUUAUGCGCAGACUUUUUCAAACCAUCGAAAACAGCACACAGACAGGGGCGAAGAGGCGGCCCUCAACAGCUCCGGCUACAAGAGACAUCACCAGCGCAGCUCUGUGCACCCAACAUCUCGAAGCCACUCAUAUCCGUCCAGGGGGCACUCUCAACGAAGACGUCACUCUGACAAUUCACACAGACACCUGUCACAGAGUGAAAAAAGGAUGUCCAAUGACGCUCCGCCCCCUCUGACUCUGAAUCCUCAAAUGUCUUCCGUGGACAGCAUAAACUCCUCCACACAGCAGCUUUCCAUCAGCGUUUGUGCCGUCCUCUACUCCUAUAAACCACGGCGUCCAGAAGAACUGGAGCUGAGAAGAGGAGAGAUGGUUGGUGUAUAUGGAAAGUUUAAAGAAGGUUGGCUCCGCGGGUUAUCUUUACGAACUGGAAAAGUGGGCAUUUUACCAAGUAAUUAUAUAACGCCUGUGCUAAGAACAUCUGCCAAACUUUUUGAGACCAAAGCAGCCAAUGUGUCAUCCCAAUACACCUCAGUAGCUGGGCGGAAACCCACCGCUGCAAGGAACCCUGCUGUAGUACUUGCCCUUGAUAAAGUAAACGCUGAUGGAACAAUAUAUCCAGCAGGACAAGCCUCAUCUGUACCCAACGGCCCCCAGCACACCAUGCCCUCCACAGGGAAAGCACAGUUUCAUGGGGGUUCUCAGGGUUGGGACACUGUUAGGCGUAUCUUCAACCCACAUAGAGGAUUAAAUAAUUUGAACCAAAUGUCAAACACAAAUUCGACAAGCACUAGGCACUUUGCACAAGUUCAAGCCUCUGGCUACUCACCCGCCUUGCAGAGAAAGAAGAACAUUCUGGCCAACUGUGUCCGACCUUUUGGGUGGAUGAGCGAGUCAAUAGCACCCUCUGCUGCUGCUUAUCACAAAGACAAGGACUUUUCUGCAGCCCUUGAACCAGCUCAUAUGCAGCCUGCCCCUGCCCCACAAUCUAUUCUUGUGAAACCAGACUCAUUUAGAAACCUCGGAGAAAAGCCAAUAAAGUCUGUGCGCUUCGUUACGAAUGAAGAUUCCCCUCCUCUGAGACGGCGCACUUCCUCCUGGUCUGCAGGACAAGUUGCCACCAAUAACCAGUCUGGCGUCUCUCCUCUGGAAGUAUGGGCUCCAUCGCUCACACUGGGCAGAGAUGGACCUGGAAUCAUUUUGAAAGAAGGAAAAGCUCCUAUUUUCAGAAAAGUCACAGAUCUUAAUUCAAAUGGCACAGUAUUGCCCCAAUCACCAUUUGCCUCUGCCUCAGCUCAAUAUAGCCCCACCAGACACAGAGUGACAAGAACUCAUUUAGCAGAGACUGACUCUGAGCUCACCCUGGCUCAGGGAGAGCUUGUGCUGGUCCACAGACCCCGGAAUGAUGGACGUUAUCUUGUGACACAAGAGCGUAAUGGAUUCACAGGCUUGUUCCAAAAUAACAUCUUUCAAGUUCUGGAGAGGAUCAGCUGA